GUUUGCCCCACCUACUCCCACACGCUCCACUUCCGGAAGGGGCCGUCACGCUCUCUGUGGCGUGGUGUUUCUACGCCUGACAGGUUAGCGUCCACGCGGGAGAAAAGAGUCGGUGUACUGGAGCUUCUCUGCUGGACUCCGGAGUUCUACAAAAGCCCUGUUCUCGGGCAACCUUCCUUAGAUGGUUUUCAAGGAAACUGGGCUACGAAGUGGCAAAGUCUCUAGGAAGCAGGAUGCCAAUGCCUCUGGGGAAGCAGGUCUUUCUCGCCGGAGUGGCAGCUAGUGGGAGCUGCGCCAUUCUGUACUACCUGGUCCAGAAAACUUUUUCCAGAGCUUCCUAUUACCAGCUGGCUCUGGAGCAGCUGCACAGCCACCCUGAGGCACUGGAAGCUCUGGGCACUCCCCUCAACGUUCACUACCUGCAGCUCACUGACAAGUACAACUUCGUGGACAUCGCCGAUGCAAAGCUGAAGAUCCCUGUUUCUGGACCAAAGUCAGAGGGCCAUCUCUAUGUCAGCUCAUCCAGAGAUGCCCCCUUUAAGAGGUGGAACCUUCAGGAGGUCUUCUUAGAGCUCAAGGACGGUCAGCAGAUUCCCCUGUUCAAGCCCAGCAGGGACAACGACGAGGUGAAAAAGGAGUGAAAAUAAUGAUCAGCUCCCUCUGCUCCUGGCCUCGCUGGUUAGCACGCGCCCCCCAGGGCUGCAGGUGCGGCCAUAUGGUGAUCUCCGUAUCAUUCUAAUUUAUCCACAGUGAACCCUACUGAAGUUUUUAAUCAGAAACUUACUAAAAUUUAUAAUAAUUUGAAAGUUCUCUGUAUAGAAGAAAAGUAUAGAAUAAAAGGAAUCAGUAUUAAUAA